GUCAAGUAUCGGAAGACGCGUACGUUAGUUAACACCGUGAAAUACAUAUUAUUUGUAAUACUGUACACCUGCGUAUUAUUACAUUAAAAGUUCAAAACUCAUUACAUGGUGUCAGAAGUAAAAAAAUACUGUCGUGAAAACGAAAUAAACAUACAUAAAGUUGUCGUGAAAAUCCACGCGGAAUCGAAUAAAAUCGUCGCCAUUGUCGGAAGCGUUUGUGAAAAAAAAAACCGUUCACACAAGAAUAGUUUCAAGCUGUUAGUGUGUGCGUGAGAUCUAUACCAUCCUCGAGUGUACUCACACAGUGAAUGUGAAACGUCUGACAGUAAUAGUCAAAUAUAAAGAUGGCAACUGGCGCUGAUCGUCUACCGCAGUCUUUAGAUUGCACAAAUUUGGCGAAGGAAUGGCCUCGAUGGAAGCAGAAAUUCAACAUCUACAUGAUUGCAAACAACAAAGCAGACGAAUCGGAAAGGAACAAGAUUGCCACAUUUUUAUGGUUAGUCGGUGAACACGGUGUAGAAAUUUACAAUACAUUGUUUCCAAACAAUGGAGACACAGAAACUAUGUUCGGAGAAGUUGCAGCUCUAAACAACCAGCCUGCUGCCGAACCUAUCGCGGGUGUUGCUGUUGUACAAGAGCGUACUCUAGCAGAAGUUAUAAUUGCAUUCGACACUUAUUGUCUUCCUCGAAAAAACUUGGCGGUAGAGGCCUUCAAGUUUAAUACGAUUGCUCAAAAAGAGAAACAACCGUUCACCGAAUUCGAAACAGCACUUCGAACUCAACUGGCAUUUUGUGAGUUCGAAUGUGAGGCUUGUCAUGUACCAUUUGCGGAUAGAAUGUUACGAGACAGAAUAAUAAUCGGAAUUCAAGACAAGAAACUACAACUUAAGUUACUGGAUGGAAAAAACGAACCGCUUGUAAAUAUCGUCGAAAUAUGUAAAACGUACGAAGCUGCUGCAGAAAACAAACAAUUGUUGGAGCGAAACGAAGUGCACACCGUAAUCGAAAAUCGAAAGGAAGGGAACGUAGUGCCAACAGCGAUGUGUUUCAAGUGUGGACAACCAUUCAACGGGCGUCACAGUCGCUAUUGUCCGGCGAACAAUGUAGUUUGCGAUGGAUGCGGACGUCGCGGUCAUUUUAGGAAGUACUGCAAGUCAACCAAAUAUGAUAGUAAGAGAAACUGUUAUAUCGAGGACAACAAAGGGAAUACUCAGUUCGCCACAGAGCGACUGCCCAGGACGUCGAAGCAUAAUACAAAGCAAGGCAAUAACGUUCAUAUGCUGAAUUGGGCUGAUGCAGAAUAAAUUCGAAUACUGUAUCAAAUGGCUGAACAAAAAAAAUGGACCAAGCAAUAUCUAAUUCAGAAUCGAACUGUGGAAUUUAAACUCGAUACCGGCGCUGAUGUGAAUUGCGUUCCUUUGAGCAUUAUUAAUGAAUCCAACAUACCUGUUUUAUAUAAAGAUUGUUUUAAUGUAGUUGAUUAUAGCUCUAAUAAAGUACGAAUACAUGGGCAGGUAACAUUAGAUUGCAAAGAUGUGAAAAAAGGAACUAUACAUUCGGCUGACUUUCUCGUAGUAAACGAUUCAUUUGAACCGUUACUGGGACUUGAAUCAUGU